AUGAACCGUAUUCUCGAUGGCCUCAGCUCCCUCAAUAGCCAAUAUGACAUUCUUGUCAUGGGCGAGUCCGGAGUGGGCAAGACGUCCUUGGUUCAGCGCUAUGUGAACGGAACCUUCUCGGAAGGUCCUCACGAUCAGGCAGAACAGCUCUACAUUAAGGCUGUUGAGAACGAACAGGCGGAAACUAUAGUAUCGUCAUCUUCCCACAACUCCCUGAUCACAGAAAUCUCCAUCCUAGACUCCUCUCCGCUAGCAGAUGUCUAUGGCGCUUCCAGAAAGCAACAGGUGAAGAACACAUCCACCAUUUUGUUCGUCUACGCCAUGGAUGACAGACAGUCGUUUGAAGCCUUGGAAUACUUGAUAGGCACAGUCAAGACUUUCUGCGAUGGAGAGCUUCCCCCUUUUGUCGUUGUUGCUGCAAAGCUGGACAUGUAUGAAAGCUGCCAAGUCUGGUACGACGAUGGUGAAGCUAUGGCUAACCGCUUUGGCGCCUGUGGCUUUUUCCUGGUUUCGGCUCUUUCAGAUAUCAACGUCAACGACUGUUUCGUGCCUUUGGUUGAAGCUGCACUUGAUGCCAGGGAAAACAAAACCUUGAUGGCUGCUCGUUCUGAAGCUUUUUCUCUUUCAGAAGCCGUCACAGCGUCUCCCGACAGUUCAUUACACGAAUUCAAGAACGAAAAAGGCUUCCAUUUCCGUCGUCCUUCAAAAAUCCCCGCUUCCAACUCGCAAAACUUCGAUAGCCAUCUUCUGGCCUCAACAGGCCCAGGAAUAGAAUCUUUUUCUAGUGAGUUUCCCCAAAUACCCGAGUCUGGAUCAGAGGCUACUCCAGUUGAGAGUUCACUAGCUCAGAGUAGAUUGGCCAAAAAGGAAAACCUACAGUCUACUUCCUCCAUUUCCACCGGAUCAUAUCCUUCUAAACCAAGGGCUUACCAAAAAGAUGAAAAGCCUAAGAAGGAGAAAUCCGGCUGUUGCAUUAUCGUGUGA